AAAUAAAAGGAAGCAAGGAGUCAUCCUCAAACCCGCCGCCCCCCUUGAAACAGAAACACAAAAAGAGGAAUGGGCAGUGGGAGGGAAUUGUAACUCAUUCUUCUUUUUCUUUCGUUUUAGCUUUCUUUGAUUUUUGAUUGUUGAUAUAAUCGCAUUCUUGGGUUCUUGACAGAUUUCAUUUUUGUUCUUUCUUUUAUUUGAAAGAAGGAAUUCUUUCUUCUCUGUUCUUUAUUCUCUCUUUCUUGGACUAAGACUGAUCACAAAGACUAGACAGAGCACUUGUAAUCUUUUCCUUUUUCUUGAAAAGAAAGAGUAUAGACAGAGGUAUAUAAAAAGCAGAGUGAAGAAGGGGGGAGAAAGUGAGGUGCGCUUUGUAAAGACCGUGAUUCAAAACAAGUUGAACACCAUACCAGAAACACCAUUUAGGGAGAACAGGGCCAAGGAAAUAGAAAAAUGAAGUACGUUUUGGUUACUGGUGGGGUAGUUAGUGGACUUGGCAAAGGGGUUACUGCCAGUAGUAUCGGUGUUCUCCUUAAAGCUUGUGGCCUCCGUGUAACUUCUAUCAAGAUUGACCCUUACCUAAAUACUGAUGCGGGGACUAUGUCUCCUUUUGAGCAUGGGGAGGUCUUUGUAUUAGACGAUGGUGGUGAGGUAGAUUUGGACCUUGGCAAUUAUGAGCGGUUUCUAGAUAUCAAGCUAACCCGUGACAACAAUAUCACAACUGGAAAAAUAUAUCAGUCUGUAAUUGAUAAAGAGAGAAAAGGAGAUUAUCUUGGAAAGACUGUGCAGGUAGUUCCGCACAUUACUAAUGCCAUCCAAGAAUGGAUAGAGCGUGUAGCAAUGGUACCGGUCGAUGGAAAAGAAGGUCCAGCUGAUGUUUGUGUCAUUGAAUUAGGUGGAACUAUAGGGGAUAUUGAAUCUAUGCCGUUCAUUGAAGCACUUGGCCAGUUUUCUUACCGUGUAGGCCCUGGCAAUUUUUGUUUGGUCCAUGUGAGCCUUGUUCCUGUUAUAAAUGUGGUUGGUGAACAGAAAACAAAGCCUACCCAACAUAGCGUUCGAGGGCUAAGAGGACUUGGGUUGACGCCAAACAUUUUAGCUUGUCGUAGUUCAAAGGAACUUGACGAGAAUGUUAAGUUAAAGAUCUCUCAAUUUUGCCAUGUGCUGACUGAAAACAUUGUAACUCUAUACGAUGUUCCCAACAUUUGGCACAUUCCUUUGUUACUCAGAGAUCAGAGGGCACAUGAAUCAAUAUUGAAAGGACUGAAUCUUCAAGGCACUGCCAGGGAGCCUGAUUUGUACGAGUGGACUGAUAGGACAAAAAUCUGUGACAUGCUGCAUGAUCCUGUUAGAAUUGCCAUGGUUGGAAAAUACACGGGUCUUUCAGAUUCCUACCUCUCUGUUUUGAAGGCCCUUUUGCAUGCUUCUGUUGCUUGUCGCCGGAAGCUUAUUGUAGAAUGGGUUGCAGCAGGUGAUCUAGAAGAAGUUACAGCAAAAGAGGUGCCUGAUGCUUAUAAAGCUGCAUGGGAUCUUUUAAAGGUAGCUGAUGGAGUUCUAGUUCCUGGGGGAUUUGGUGAUAGAGGGGUCCAAGGAAAAAUUCUUGCCGCAAAAUAUGCCCGUGAGAACAGAGUUCCAUUCCUGGGCAUCUGCUUGGGGAUGCAAAUUGCUGUCAUUGAAUUUGCUCGAUCAGUUCUUGGCUUGCAUGAUGCAAACAGUACAGAAUUUGAUCCUCAUACUUCAAAUCCAUGUGUCAUAUUUAUGCCUGAGGGUUCAAAAACUCACAUGGGAGGAACCAUGCGUUUGGGAUCAAGGAGGACUUAUUUCAAGGUUUCUGAUUGUAAAUCUGCAAAGUUGUAUGGCAAUGUCAGUUUUGUUGAUGAGAGACAUCGUCAUAGAUAUGAGGUCAAUCCUGACAUGAUAUCACAAUAUGAAAAGGCUGGUUUAUCAUUUGUUGGCAGAGAUGAAACUGGUUGCCGCAUGGAAAUUGUUGAAUUGCUUGGUCAUCCAUAUUUUGUUGGUGUUCAGUUCCAUCCUGAAUUCAAGUCUAGGCCAGGAAAACCUUCUGCUCUUUUCUUAGGACUAAUAGCAGCAGCAUGUGGACAGGUGGAAGUUAACCUACAAAAUUAUGGCCAUGCAAGCAAGGUGUUGCCAAAUGGCAUGAGCAAUGGAAAAUCAACAGCGAAAGUCUACCAAAAUGGUAAUGGUGUCAAGUCUUGCAAUGGCUCAAUAAAUGGUGUGUACAGCAAUGGCAAUGGUGUGCAUUUUUAAGGAAGCACAAUCAAUUUAGCUAUGCACCUCUGGUUACGAUUUCGGUUUUUCUUAAGCACUUUUGGUUGCUUUGGGGUAUUUUUGUACAGCAGCUGAGUAUGGGUGGACAUUUUUUGAUUUCUAAAGUGACUUGUUUUAGGACGGAGUUGGAGUAUGAAAAACAAAGCUUGUAUUCUCCACUAUAUCAGUGAAAUAUGGGCUUAAGGUAUUGCAUCA